AUAGAUUCUGCGAUACGUACGUAAAACACAAGUGAUUCUGCCCGCGAGGUUGCUGAGCGGUCCCGUCUGAGGCCUGCUCGUCGCCAACCCAGUGGCCGUCGUCAGCAGGGCAACGCGAGACCUGCUGGUCCCCGCUAGCACCAUUAUGAGCGUCAUGGCGAUUGUGUUGGAGUCUUGGUGGGGUGCGGCGACGGGCGUCGUUCUAGUGCUGGCCGCCGCAGUUUACCUAUACUUCCUCUCCUGGUAUUCCUACUGGACGAAAAAAGGCGUUCCACAGGCGGAAACAGUUUUCCCUUACGGAAGCCUAGGAAAAGACGCUUUGUUCGGAAAGAUGAGGAUUGAACUUAAGCUACACGAAAUCUACAAGCGACAUCGAGACAAGCCCUUCCUUGGGUUUUACGCACUCUACGCCCCAGCCUUCCUGGUGUUCGACCCGGACCUCAUUCGCGACGUUCUGGUCAAGGACUUCGACGCAUUCCAGGACAGGUGCAUACCGUUCGAUGACAGCGAGCCGCUCAACCAGCACCUGCUGUUCCUUAAUGGCAGCAAGUGGAAGAGGCUCCGCUCCAAGCUGACGCCGGCGUUCACCUCGGGGAAAUUAAAAAUGAUGUUCGAGACGAUAGACAGAUGCGGCCGCGAGAUGGUGGAAGUCCUGGACGAUGCGGCGAGGAGCGAGAAAGUUGUAGAGAUUCGCGACGUUUCGGCCAGGUUCACGAUAGACGUCAUCGGGAGCGUCGCCUUCGGCGUCGAGUGCAACUGCCAGCGCGAUCCGGACGCUGAGUUUCGGGUGUGGGGUCGCAAACUGUUCGAAUUCUACACGUCGGACAGGGUGGAACAGCUGUUACUUGCUAUCCAUUCACCUACAGCGAAACUCUUCAGAGCGAUUGUAGGCAGAAAGGAAGUUCUGAAGUACUUCGAGGAUAUGGUGAGGGAUACAGUGAACUACCGGGAGAGUAACAACGUGGAGCGCAAUGAUUUCAUGCACAUGCUGAUACAGCUCAAGAACAGAGGCUUCAUGGACGACGAGAAGUCUGGUGGUGCAAAGGCUCACGACGACAACGACAGUAACUGGAAGCUGUCGCAGAGCGAGUUGGCAGCUCAGGCAGUGCUGUUCUUCUCGGCGGGCUUCGAGACGUCGUCGACGACGAUGAGCUACGCGCUGUACGAGCUGGCCCUCAACCCGGAGGUGCAGCGGCGGCUCCACCAGGAGGUGGACGAAACCCUGCAGAGGACGGGCGGCCGCUUCACGUACGACGCCGUCAUGGGGAUGCCCUACCUCGAUAAGGUCAUCUCAGAAACCUUGAGGAAGUAUCCGCCGGUGGCGUUCCUCCCAAGGAAGACCACCCGCCCGUACCAGAUUCCGGGUAGCAAGGUGGUGAUUGACAACGACAUGGCAGUCAUCGUGCCCAACUACGCACUGCACCACGACCCCAGGUACUUCCCUGACCCGGAGCGGUUUGACCCCGAGCGCUUCUCAGAGGAGGAGAAAGCCAAGAGGCACCCCUACGUGUAUCUGCCGUUCGGUGAGGGGCCACGCAACUGCGUAGGCAUGAGACUGGGCCUCCUGCAGUCUAAAAUCGGUCUCGCUCAUCUGAUGUCGAAGAUUGAAUUCCAGAAAUGCGAUGAGACUAAAAUUCCAAUCGAAUUCGAUCCACUAACCAUAGUGUUCAUGCCCGCAACUGGGAUUCACCUCCGAGCGAAGAAGAGAUCUGUGUGAAAAGUGAAGACUAACUGUCCUAACAGAAACGUUUACGAGAAGACAACAUAUUCUGUAUCCGUGUAACAUGUGUAUCGUCGAUAAAUCUCUAAAAACCAUCAUUUGUCUGAACAGCAAGAAUCAGUGCGCGACUCCUUCAGUUAUGUGUACAUGGUUCGUGACUGAAAAUAAAAAGUAAUAGGGAAGUGCCUUCUUUGACUCUGAUAUCAAGAGGUAGAGGUCUAGGUGGGGAACCCCAUGUAGCCCCGUAGCCUACUAGACUAAGACAGGCUGUGCAAUAUCCAUUGAAUCCAUGAUAAGUUGAGAUUGGAUACAUACCAACAGUUCGCGAAUGUAUCAAGGAUUGCCAACCUUGGCCUUAAGACGACAGAUGAGCGAUAAGUCUUAUCGUGAUGUGUAGACUUUCGUCCUCUGAUCGCACUUCUCCUACAGACUAAACUCCGUUUACUGCACUUAUCCCAUAGCAGAAAGUCGAGAAGACAGCUGUGUUGUGUUUUUUUGCUAGUGCUAGCAUUUUAUAAUCGUUCGAUUGUAAAACAAAAAGUAAAAAAUAUGUUCGCUGCGUUGAAAUGUUUACAGACGAUGCUCUCUUGCCAGAGAAAGAUUGUUUUCUGAAAGCAAUAAUAAAACCCUGUUAAUAUGAGUAGAGUGUCGUAUCGCUUCAUUGUUUUCAUCUGUCGCAGAUCAAGAAACAACGAAAGAGGCAACACAAUAUAAAACAAGACGAUAAAAAAUAAGGGGAAGGAACCAAUUUAUCACCUAAUGCGCUACCAAUACGUCGCCAUUGUUUACGAUUUUAACAACCACUGUGAAGGUUGUCUUACCAUUUUCAAAGAAGCAAUCCUUUAGAUAAACGUGAGAUGUGCAAUCAAGAAUUAAAAUCAGUUUUUGAUGCUAGUCGUGCAGGCUGGAACACGGAGAAAGAAUGAAAGAUGAGAGACAAACGCUUAUUUUUUUAAACUGUAUCAGAUCCGGUAUCGAACGUAUCUGUCCUUGGUAUCAACAGUGUAAAUUUUACACAAUGAGAAUGAUCGCCGGUUGUUAGCGUUAGUAUAUGAUUUGAGCUAACGUAUUACUGUGGAAAAGUAUCUGUACCUAAAUAAAAUAAAUCUAAUUUUAAUACCUUUGUUUCUGAAAGGUUUCA